AUGCUGACAAAAUUCAGUGAUGCACAGACUGUUGAUAUAUUUAAAGAUGAAAGGGAUGGAAAGCUCAGAGAAGUCGGAGAUCAAGCUGUUUGGUCUUUGUCGUCUUGCAAACCAGGUUUUGGCGUGGACCAGCUCCGGGAUGACUCCAAUGACACCUACUGGCAGUCUGAUGGGCCACAGCCUCACACUGUGAGCAUACAGUUCAGGAGAAAAACCACCAUUCAUGAUGUUUGCUUGUAUGCAGAUUACAAGGCAGAUGAAAGCUACACUCCAAACAGGCUGUCUAUCAAAGCCGGAAACCAUGCAAAUGAUUUGACAGAGGUGGAACAGAUAGAACUCUCAGAGCCUACAGGCUGGGUUUGCAUUCCCUUGAAAGAUGCCCAUGACAAACCAAUUCGCACCUUCAUGAUUCAGAUUGCCGUACUGAGCAACCAUCAGAACGGGCGAGACACACACAUCAGGAGAAUCAAAAUUCGCUCACCUGUGAACUACGGAGAUGUUCCUUACCCAAACACAAGCAAUUCAGUCUUGAAAAAUUUGGUUUACACAAUCAGAUGA